AUGAAGUGUGUUUACGUGAUUCUUCUGUUUACGCUGGUGGCUACGUCCUGUGCCGCCGGGAUCGACAUCGAUUGGUCCCGGGUGCGCCCGAUCGAAGAGUUUCCACACAUUAAAGCUGCCAUUCCUGCUCCCUUGAGGCAGCCAGCAGGUCCUAGCACGCCAAAUAAACGUAUUGUCAACGGUCAGGAAGCCACUCCGGGACAGUUCCCCUAUCAGGUGGCCCUGCUCGGAGAGUUCGAACUGGGAAUAGGCCUUUGUGGAGCUUCGAUUAUCACCAACAACUACAUCCUUACGGCGGCCCACUGUGCCUACAACAGUCCGGAUUCAACCGUUCCGAUCCCAGCAGGUGUGGCCAUUGUGGGUGCACACAAUCGCAUGAUCGAGGAACCGUCGCAGCAGCGCAUUACGUUCACAGCCGCCGGCAUCAUCGGUCACCCGGAAUACACCCUGACCAACAUUCGCCACGACAUUGCCGUCAUCCGCCUGGAUGAACCGAUCGUGUACACGGACCGUAUCCAACCGGUCCGUCUCCCAGCCCGCUCGGAUGGUCGCACCUUCAGUGGCUUCAUCGGAACGGUGUCCGGAUUCGGCGUCUACGACACGGCCAAUCCGCAGCUUUCGGAUGUGCUGAACUAUGUCGCCAACCCCGUCAUGACCAAUGCCGACUGUCUGGACCAGUGGCCGCCUCAGUUCAUCGAAGAUCAGAAUAUCUGUCACUCGGGCGAUGGAGGUCGCUCAGCCUGCAACAGUGAUUCCGGCGGACCGCUGACGGUGCCAGACGGUGGCAGCCUCCAGGUGGGAGUACUUUCUUUCGGUUCCAUCUCUGGCUGUGACGCCGGCAUCCCGGCGGUGUUUAUGCGAGUGACCUACUAUCUGGAGUGGAUUGAAGCAAACUCGGAUUUCGUGGCAGAUCCUUGA